CGUCACUGGAUGGCUCGCAGGUUGCGGGGGCGGCGGCAUGUUGACGGACGUCCUGCGCUGGGGAGCGGGGGUGGUAGCCGGAGAAGGCCGCGACAGCAUGGAGGUGGGCGAGUGGGAAGACGAGGGGCGGGAGGUGGGGUGGAUGGCUGGAGCGGGGUUGGGUGAAACGAUGUUGGAGAGGGUGGGCGUGACCGGGGAGCGGUUGACGGGGGGUGCAGACACGGGGGGCGAGGCGUGUGUGCGUGUGGACGGCGGGUGCGGCUGCAGCUGUGCUAGCGUCGGCGGCUGGGGAGUGGGCAGCGAGCCGGGCAGCGCGAGGCUCGUGAGCGGCGAGCCCGUCACGGCUGCGGUUACGGCAGGCCACGAGGAUCCGCCCUGGAAGGCGAAGUACGAGUUGUCGCGCAUGCUCGCGCUCGCCUGGCCGCUCUCGACGCCGGACGAUCGCCUGCGCAGAGGCGCAAAGUUCGAGAGGGUCUCGCGCUCCUCGGGCAUGCUGCGCCCGGCGUCCGUGUGGUGCAGGAUAUGCGAGAGCGUCGCCGGUCCGCGCGGCGUGGUCGGCGUGAACAGCGGGGUCUCCUGGGGAGGAGGGUCAGAGUUGAGGAGCACGGAAAGGUCGGUUGCACGGCGCGUCAAAGGGGUCGACACACUCGGGCUGGAGUCCGUGCGAUAGCCACUGCCCGCCGAGGACGACGAGGGGCGUGUCGGCGGGCCGGUCGGGAGGUCGAUGUGCAUCCUGAGCGGGUGUUCGUUGGGAGGAACGACGGGGGAGUUGAGGACGGCAUCGCGCACAGGAUCGAAGGCCGGCAUGAUGGGCAGUGCCUAGGCUACAGACGGAACGUGCCCGACGGUGGCCGGAAGGAUAAUUACGGCCGGGAAAGCAGCGUACGCGACGGCGAGCGCAGUGGCGGCAGCGAGCACGAGGUGGAACGAGCGGAACCCUCGGGCGGCCAAGUCGCGCGU